CUUUUUGAUAUUCUCCUCUAUAUUUCAGUUGUUUUAGGAAACGUGACAACUCUAUUUAUAAGCAGAUAGUUUUUUAAUUCAUCUAUCGGAGUUUGGAGUUUGUAUUUCGAGUUUAGAGGGAAGGUCAAGUAUUGCGCUAGAUCUUUCGGGUUGUUGUCCGGACGCUAGCAGAUGGCGCUGAACGCAGAAAGCAGCUUAUCACAUAAUACAGGUGUUAAAACUUUAUAUGAAUCAGACUUGGAAGAUGAAAACUACUCAUCUGUGGAGAGUUAUGGCAUUAGAGAACGCAGGCGUAAGCUGCACACUGAAGCGGAGCAGCGUCGUCGAAAUGCUAUAAAGAGGGGUUUUGAAGGGUUGUUAGAGCUCGUCCAUCCAAUGAAAAACGAAUCACCCUCUCCGUCCGUUAGGAUGAGUAAAUCGAGCAUAUUACAUAAAGCUAUCUAUAUGAUUGAAAGGCUUGGAAGGCAAAAGCACCAGAAAUUGUCAGAAGUCGAAAGUCUAGAAAAGGAGGUUAAAGCUCUUCGAAUACUAUGCUUGAAUUAUGAGAAAAUAGUUCAAAACAGUCCGAAUUACGAAUGUAGAUCAGUCGAGCCGAUUCCAGAUGAUACAAAACUAGAAGUGUUUCGAGUGUUUUUUGACGCCAUGUUCCGUUCAUUUGACAAUUAUAUUGUAUUCAAUUCUUUUACUGACCUCUCAGCAUCAGUGAUAAAAUGGGUUGAAGAGAGCUGUAAACCUGAAAAAAUGGCAUUCCUCAUGGAUUCUGUUCUAACUAAUAUUUUUAACCAGAAUACUGAAAUGCCUUCCGUUAGCAGUCGAAAAUUACACUGUGAUACUUUACCAAUUUAUACAGACUGUAGUACCAAUGAUAGUCAAAAUCCUUCUGAAUCUAUCGGAUCCAUACAUCCUUCAACAGAGUCAUUACUUCAAAUCAAUCCGUUAAUAGGUCAAUCUUCAGUUUACACUUAUUCAUCUAAUAAUCUACCAACACUUACAAUUGCACCGACUACAAAUAUUAAUAAUUCCACAGUUAGUACUGAAAAACGUACUCAACUUAAUCCAAAAUUUCCUAUAAUUUCUCAAGGUAAUUCCCAUUCGAAUAAAUUAAAUAUUGUCCGAUAUCCACCGCCACCUCCACUAGUACCAGGGUCUGUUACUACUCAUCCACAAGUCAGUCUUAUCGAUGUGAACUUUCAACAAUGUGAACAGCCAUCAGAAGAUAUACGUGAAGGUGAUAAUGCAUUUUAUAAUUUUAAUUCAAUGAUUCCUAAGAAUGUUAAUUCUACAUUAGUAGUUAUUGAUCAGUCAUCUUUACUCACUGAUGAUCAAGUUAAACAUGACAUUAAAUCAACAUCAUCGUCAUCAUCAUCAUCAUCACCUCAUACAAUAAACUCUUCUUGCAACUUAAUCAUGAAUGAGAUGAAUUUACCUAGAGAGCUGUCGUCAUUGCAUAAUUCUAGUCACGUUCAACAGUAUAAAGAGUUUAUUGACGAUUUAUUAUGAUUAAUUUUUUAAAAAAAAUACAAUCAUUAUAUUCUAUUUUUUCUAUUAAUUUCCAAUCGACUCAAGAGUUCUUUCACUGUCUUUAUUCUCCUUCAAAUGAAUCCGCACACUCACGCACACUAUUUAAUUCAAGAUUUAUACAUAUUUAGUUAUUGUGUAUUAAAUCUAUUUAUUUAUUUAUUUAUCUUGCUCAAUCUAUCCUCCACAUCCUAUUCUGUGAUAUUCACAGUGUAAACUCAAGUUUAAUCUCAGCUAAUUCUGAGAAUUAAAUCAAAAUUAUUGACUCAUUUAUUUAUUUAUUUAUUUAUUCAUUCACAUGCUUGGCUAUUGUAAUUCCUCUUCUAUCUUUAUUUUGUAAUCACAUGUAUUAUUAUUUUUAUUGUUAACAUUACAAUUUGACGGUUAUGUCUUCCAGCAUUGUUUUAUUCACAUGCUUAUUGAGCGUACAUCUGAAGAAAGACAAAUGACUGGAUAUCAUCAAUUCUACGUGUUUCUUUAGCGACUAUGUAUUCUUUAGCAGAGGUAUGUUGGAAGUUGUUUGUGAUGAAAUGAUGCCUGUGUUUUCUUCCCGGUUUAUCUUUGAUUUCUCCUUGUAGUUAACAACGAUUUUUAUUUGAUUAUCUAACCAAUCUUCCUUUCUAUCUUGAACUAUCAUUAUUUUAUGCUUUGUUUAUCUUCUUUUACCUCAAACGAUUAUUUGAAAUCUCAGUUAACUAAUAAUAUCAAAAGAGAAAGCACACGGAACUUGUGAACUAUGAUGUGUUGGUUGAGUUUUUUAUGGCAGAAAAUACACAUUCUGAGUUUUUUU